AUGAAGUGGCGGAGAUACUGGCCAGAGUCCCUCUUUCUUGUUCUCGUGGUUGCGCUAGAGGGCACCAGACUUGGUCAUCAUGAUACCAAGGCAUCGACACCGUGGAAGGGAACCGGUUGGACUACGCAGCGCAAGCUGGAAUCGCGGGAGAGAAUACGCGAACUUUGGUACCAUGGCUUCGACAAUUACAUGAACCACGCAUUUCCCUUAGACGAGUUGACGCCAUUAACAUGCUCUGGACAGGGCCCCGACUGGGGUAACCCUAACAACAUAGCGUCCAAUGACGUCGCGGGAAACUUCUCUCUUACUUUGAUUGAUGUGCUUGACACGUUUAUUGUGCUCGACGACCGACAAGGCUUUGACACUGCAGUCAAGAACGUUAUACAGUAUUCGAAACCUACUAUCCGAGUGCUAGGAGGCCUUCUUUCAGGACACAUAUUUGCGAACCAGACCGGUCAACCCUUCUAUCUGCCUUGGUAUCGUGGCGAGCUUCUGCGGAUGGCCCAUGAUCUCGGAAAGAGGUUACUACCAGCGUUCUCUACCCCGAUAGGUCUACCGUACGCUAGAAUAAACCUUCGUCAUGGCUUGGUCAGAGGUGAAACAUUGGAGACGUGCACCGCUGGUGCAGGGUCAUUAAUGCUUGAAUUUGCAACACUUAGCAGAUUGACUGGUGAUGACCGCUUUGAAAAAGCCGCGUACAAGGCAUUCUUUGCUCUUUGGAAUCGCAAGACAGAUAUUGGUCUUGUUGGGAAUACGAUUAAUACAUGGACUGGGGACUGGACGGCACCUGAAAUUACCGGGAUUGGCGCAGGGGUGGAUUCUUUCUAUGAAUAUGCCUUAAAAUGGUAUAUUCUCAGUGGUGAGAUCGAGUUCCUCGACGUAUGGGAUGACGCCUAUGCAUCAAUAAUGAGGUAUUCAAGAGCCACUGAUGGGUUCUGGUACAGAAAUGUAAACAUAAAAAGUGGUGAUACAGCCUAUUAUACCGUGGAUUCCUUAUCCGCUUUUUGGCCUGGCUUGCAGGUAUUGGCAGGGGAUGUUGACAGCGCUAUCAAGCUUCACAUGAUGUACUACAACCUAUGGCGUCGCUAUUCUGGCCUUCCGGAAGUCUUUGACACAAACUACAAGCAGGCGACUUCGCAUCAAUAUCCAUUACGCCCAGAAUUCAUUGAAUCUACGUGGUAUCUCUAUCGUGCUACACGGGAUCCCUUCUACCUUGAUGUUGGCGAACGAAUACUAUUUGAUAUCAUCACACGGUCCAAAGUCGAUUGUGGACUAUCUGGAAUUCAAGAUCUAAGAACAAACAAGCGCGACGAUAGAAUGGAGUCUUUCGCCUUGUCGGAAACAUUGAAAUACCUAUAUCUCUUGUUCGAUGAGGAGAACCCUCUUCAUAGCGAUGACUCGAACUAUGUUUUCACGACAGAAGGGCACAUCCUCACUCUGGGCCCAGAAAACAUCAAACCAAUGUCCCCUGCUCGACGGAAAACACGAAAAAUAAUGAAUCAUCAGUGUCCCGCUUACGCACCGCCCAAUUUACCUUAUGAUACAAAAUCUUUAGGUAGUGGACUAGUGAAAGGAAUCAGGUCUCGAGCGGAUGUCGAUUAUGCUAGAGAGCUAGUCAGCAUUCUACCCACCGAGGCUGAGAGAACUGCAUGGUCAAUAUAUGGCUGGUGCGAACGUCCAAAGGCUGAUGUAUUUACAUAUGACUUCAUUCUGUCGUCUGGUGGCAAGGCGGUUCCCGAGGAUCUCAGUCCCAGUCUACUAAAGGUCGUCUUGAUUCCAGAGGGGUUUAUUGUGAAUAAUGUCACCGGUAUACGAGCUCAUAUUGUCAGGCGGUUAGAUGGGAAGGGAUAUGAAAUUCGAAAACUUGGACAUUAUUCUGUACGACCCGGGCAGCUCGUCUACAUUAACGAUACUUCACUUUUCGCGAACCAGGCGGACACCAUUAUCGAAAGUUUGAAGGAGAGGGACCCAGACGUACUCCUUCGAUUCCAUAUCGAAGGUGUCGACCCGAUGUUACGCUUGGUCGACAUCCAAGACCUUUCCGAUAACCACGAAACAUACCUUACCGCAUGGACUAGUUUUUUCGGUGGUGAUCUAUCACUGGCAGCUCAUUACGAACAAACGCCCCUACGUUUCGCAGAUCCCGAUGGAUUACCUAUAUACCGUGUGGACGACAAUCUUCUAGGAUGCUCCCCUUACAAAUCAUCUUAUAAGGAUAGCGUGUUAUUGACCUACCGAGGCGAUUGUACCUUCCUUCAAAAACUACUCAUGGCGCGAUCAGCAGGAGCAGCAGGUGUCCUUGUUGUUAGUGAUGAAGACGUGGCUUUAAAUCCCACUGCGAAUGCCGACGAGCUGUUAGCCGCCGGAGACAUAGACGACGUGGUGAUCGCAGUUUUGCCUCGCCAAGCAGGUAACCUCAUCGAUGAGAUGAUGGAUAUGGCUGAGAGUAGGGGUAUAGGGAGAGUUAUGGUUGCCCUGGAUCCUUCGAGGUAUACGGAGAGUGUUGAGGAGGUACAGGAGGUGGAGGAGCAGGGGGUGCCGUCUAAUCGGAUAUUGUAUCUCAAUGGACAUCCGCUACUCAACACAAGAUUGUUGGUUUGA